UUCCCAUCAACCAAUCCAAUCCACAGCCCCCGGAGCCAGACACACCAACAAGCUUCCCUGUCUUCAUCUUCUUCUUCUUCCCUGCUCAAAUCUUCCAUACACCAUGGGCUCCCUGAGAAGCAGUGGCAGCGGCGCGGCGGUGCCGGUGGAGAGUGUGGACCCAGAGGCGGCGUGCGUGCUGCUGGCCACGCAGCAGUACGGGUACGUGGACGUGCGCAUGUGGGAGGACUUCGACAAGGGGCACGUCGCGGGUGCACGCAACGUACCGUAUUACCUCUCCGUCACCCCUCACGGCAAGGAGCGCAACCCUCACUUCGUCGACCAGGUCGCCGCACUCCACGCCAAGGAGGACAGGUUCCUCGUUGGCUGCCGCUCUGGUGUCCGUUCAAGGCUCGCCACCGCGGACCUCUUGGCCGCAGGGUUUACCAAUGUGAAGAACCUUCAGGGCGGCUACCUCUCCUUGCUCAAGAGCGCAAGCUACUCGCAGCCAACAGCCAGCCACCAGUGAUCCAUCAAUUCCAUAUCUAGAAUAAGAAGCGUGUUCAGAGCUCCCUGUGGAGGGGACGCGUCGAGCGGACACUACAAAGGCGGUAACCACGACGGUUGCUAAACUAAGCAGAGAUUAUUAGGAUCACAGUUAAUCCUUAACACCCCUAAUCUAUGCUUGUCUUUGUGAAUGCUCCAUUAUCUUGAUAAAGACUCCUCCAGACAUGUUUAUCAUUAAGUAUGUUCAGCAUCUUCAA